ACUGCCUGACAGUGAGACUAGUGCUUGCAGUUUGAAAACAGUUCCUGCUCCACAGCAGUCACUUGGGCAUUUUAUGGUCACAUCUCUUUGAUGGAAAGCACCAAAAGAGCCUUGCAGCAUCCCAGUGAGCUAAAGAGGAACUGACCACAUGGGAGGAUCUGAUGCACACAUGGAGACUGUUGGGACUCUGUGACAUAGAUCACCAAGCUGAAAAGCCAAAGAAGGUUUUCAAAGGAAUGCAAAAGGAACGGGAUUUUUAGAAGCAGGAAGACAAAAGGGAUCUCCAUAAGAUGAAUUUCACCCAGCAUCGUGGGACACUCCAGCCUCUCCAUUUCUGGAACCACAGCUACAGACUGCAUGGAGGAGCCAGCGAGCCCAAUGCGAAGGGCCACUCCUCAGGAGGCUGCUACGAGCAACUCUUUGUAUCCCCAGAAGUGUUUGUGACCCUGGGCAUCAUCAGCUUGCUGGAGAACGUCCUGGUCAUUGUGGCCAUAGCCAAGAACAAGAACCUCCAUUCACCCAUGUACUUCUUCAUCUGUAGCUUGGCAGUGGCUGACAUGCUAGUGAGUGUAUCUAAUGGAUCAGAAACCAUUGUGAUCACGCUGCUAAACAACACAGACACAGAUGCACAGAGCUUUACCAUAAACAUUGACAAUGUCAUCGACUCAGUCAUUUGCAGUUCCUUGCUUGCAUCAAUUUGCAGUCUUCUCUCAAUAGCAGUGGACAGGUACUUUACUAUCUUUUAUGCCCUCCAGUACCAUAAUAUCAUGACAGUGAAGCGUGUAGGGGUUAUCAUCACGUGCAUCUGGGCUGCUUGCACAGUCUCAGGCAUUUUGUUCAUCAUUUACUCCGACAGCAGUGUUGUCAUCAUCUGCCUAAUCAGCAUGUUCUUCACUAUGCUCAUUCUCAUGGCAUCCCUCUAUGUCCACAUGUUUAUGAUGGCUCGUAUGCACAUAAAAAAGAUUGCUGUUCUUCCAGGGACUGGCCCUGUUCGCCAAGGGGCCAACAUGAAAGGGGCCAUCACUCUCACCAUCCUGAUUGGAGUUUUUGUUGUGUGCUGGGCUCCGUUUUUCCUACACCUGAUUUUCUACAUCUCCUGCCCCUACAACCCUUACUGUGUGUGCUUCAUGUCCCACUUUAAUUUCUACCUCAUCCUCAUCAUGUGCAACUCCAUCAUCGAUCCACUUAUCUAUGCAUUCCGGAGUCAGGAGCUCAGGAAAACAUUCAAGGAGAUUAUAUGCUGCUGUAGCCUGAGAGGGCUUUGUGAUUUCCCUGGCAAAUAUUAAACUGAAUGGAUGGAUAUGUUACUAUGUACACAACAGGCAGCACAGAUUUCCAAGGCUUUGGAUCCUUUUUCUCAGCAGAAUUUGGUUUAAAUCUUUAAAAGUGAGCACCUCUUUCUGUCUCUCCCUCCCCCCCAUUCUUGUGUUCCAUUCAUGUGGAAUUCAUAUUUCUGUAUAAUGUUCAUGAUGUCUAUAAUUUGUAAUUUAUUUGGCUAGAAAGAGCAGUAGCAUUUCAUGUCAGUUUGUAAGUAAGCAAAUAAAUGUA